AUGGACUUCAAUUAUAUCAAUACGGAGACUCGUGACCGCGAGACCAGCUUCUACGAGAAUACAGAAGUCCUAACCGCUUCAACUCUUGAACAUGUUAAUCCUUCGAAAUCAGAAAUAGAUCAACCGGAAAAAGACGAGGGACGGUAUGAGCAGUUACAUAGUGAAAGAAAAAUAACCAACGGCAAGGAUUUUCAGCAGGAUGAUACACUGAGAAGGAUACAGAUUCUGAUUUAUAUCUAUGGUGGAUUACUCGCUGUGCUGUACGUCACUGCAAUUGUCUUGAUAAUUGUCGUUGCUGUACCGAAAGAUGGUGGAUGGACAAGUUGGGGAAGUUGGAUUUCGUGUAGUGAGAGCUGCGGGGGAGGUUUCCAAAGCCGAUCUCGGACAUGUUCCAACCCAAUACCAUCUUUGCAUGCGAACAAUUGUGAUGGAUCAUCAAUAGAAGUGAAGGCAUGUAACAGACAUCCAUGUACACAGCAAAAUGUGGCUUUCACAGCAAAAGAUGUGUACAGAAAUUCGUCAAGUGACAGUACUCUCCUGUUCCAGCGGACCGAACUCAAUAUUGCAAAUGGAUAUAGCAAUAGCACAGGACAAUUUACAUGUAAAAUUCCCGGGGUAUACCAUUUCGUUGUAACAUUAACAAAGGCCCCAAAAGCUGGAUCUUUAAGGACUUAUUUAAGAAUAAAUGGUAAUAUUGGGCUUCACAUGCGCUUUAAACCUGAAGAUGAUGACAAUGAUGCAUUUGGUAUAAACAUGUUGACUGCAGCUGGUACAUUUCAUCUAGACCUAAAUGAUGUCGUCGAUGUGUAUGGCGUUCCUAACAACUUUUAUGACAGCGAUUUCUCUUGCUUCUCCGGGUUCUUGAUAACCCUGGACCAAUAGGGUCAAUUUGUUAGCUUAUUAAUAAUUAAAUAUCGUUCAAAAGGUAGUAUAAAGAUAUGUUUCUGAAGCAACGAUUUGAGGUAAGGUUUAAGAAUAAUAAUGUUAUCAACAAGGCUUGUUUGAUUUACAUAAUAUUGCUUGAAAACUUGAAAUAUUGAGAAAUACAAUAUCUCCAAAUGGAAUAAUUUUACAUGAAACGGAAACACCCUGUCAAUAACGAAACUUACGUUGUUUUCUAGAUAGAAGUGUGACAAUUUAACAUCUGGUGUCCCAGAAAGAAAGAUAUUUCGAUCUCAACUCUUUAUGUUAUGUCUUUCAGUCGUUGUAUAAAAGCAUACCGUUUAACACGAGCAACUUCACGCGCAUUUGGCAAAGUUACAUGCAAAUGAUAACGUCAUUGUGUUUGUAUUGGCAAAAAUGUUUUUCAUUAUAUUUUGAUACUAUUUAGUAAAUAUCUUAAGUUUAUGCUUCAUAGUAUUUAUAUAAUGUAUUUAUAUACAUCUCAAUCUUCACUGAUGUAUAUGUUUGAUAGAAUAUCCAAUUAUUUUUUAUUAAUUUCAUAUUCUUUCGCGAUAAUUUGUAUUUCCGUAUACAAAUAAUAAAGUAAGAAUUCCAGUUUGA